UGCGUACACGUUAUGUUGGCAACACAUCAAACGAUAUUUUCUUGUUGUUAUCUAAUGGAUGUACAGUAUAAUUCACUUUAAUACUUAUUUAUAUACAUACUACCACAGUAAAACACCUUCACCUAUUGUAAUAGAUUUUCAUAUAAAUGACUGUAGAAGUUGCCCACAGUAUAUAAAAAACUGAAAGUACCUGUUUACCUCUAGUACUAUUUCUAUACAUGUGUAAAACUUGCCCUUAUAUACACUAUAGUAUUUGUUGAUAACAGCAUGUGAUUUAUUCAUUGCAGAAGUACCACGGCAAAAAGUCUGAGCUUGGUAGGGAUGCUGUCCACCUAUUUAAGGUGUAUUCAAGUGCCAUGACAACGAACAGUAAACACAUCAGGAGCAUUAUGGGAACAAAAUCUGUUGCAGACUCCACAGGCAAAGAAGAUGGGCAAAAAGCAUCAAAAGACGAUGAAGAAGAAGAAGUGAUUCGCUGUCUCUGUGGUUUACUAAAUGAUGAAGGUUUAAUGAUACAGUGUGAUAAAUGUAUGGUAUGGCAGCACUUUGACUGCAUUGGAUUGCCUUACGACAAAGAACCGGAUCAUUACAUAUGUGAGCUUUGUAAACCACGGGAAGUGGCAGAGGAAAUAAAGAUGACCCCACAACCUAAGUAUGCACAACCAGGUCAGACAUAUUACCUAUGUUUAACAAGAGAAGAUGGAACUCGAGUUAAAAUGGGUGAUUGUGCUUACUUACCAAGAACACAAGAGGGCAGCAACACACCAACCAUUGUGCCAUCAAACACAAACGGCCAUUCCACUCACAUUAUUUUUAGGGUUGAGCAGCUGUGGAAAAACGAUAAGGGUGAAAGGUUUGCAUUUGGCCACCACUUCCUUCGUCCACAUGAGACACAUCAUACUCCAUCAAGGAAGUUCUUCCAGAAUGAGCUUUUCCGUGGUCCCUUUUAUGAAAUUAUCCGACUGGAUCUUAUAAUUGGAUUCUGCUGUGUAAUGGAUCUGUACACAUAUUGCAAAGGUCGACCGAAGAACUUCAAGGAGGAAGAUAUUUACAUCUGUGAAUACCGGUUGGAUAAAACAGCUCAUUUGUUUCACCCAAUUAGCAAGAACAAGUUCCCAAUUUGUACAAAAUCCUACGCGUUCAACAAAUUUGACAAGAAAAUUAUUCCUAAGAGGGACUAUUCUCCCCAUUAUGUACCAGAACAUUACAAGAGAGGUUAUGGAGGAAGACCAACUUGGAAAUGCAAUAGAGACAAAACAGAUGAGAAUGUCCAGCAGCAUGAACCAAAUAAAAAAUGGUUGAAUAAACAAGAGGCUGCUCUGAAAAGGAUGCGACAGUCAUUAGCCGGGAAGAGGAAUGCCCUCAAGAACAACAACAACCGGCAACAGAAGCAGAAGCGUGUCAACGCCAUCUCGCAGGGCCUACUAGACAAGCUACCUGGAAAGCAACGUAGGUAGCCGGCGUGUCGGUGGUGGCUGGAAAGCUGUGGAUUUGACUUUUUUACUUGAAUGUCCUGGCAAAAGACAACGCAAGAAGCCAGUAACAGAAAGCUUCAUCUAAAUGUUUUAGAGCUAAUUUCUUGCCCUUGUGUAAAUUAUUGUAACUUUACUUAUCAGCUUUGUAACUAGACACCAAAUUUAUUCAUGAUUGUAAUUAUUUUUAUACUGUGAAUGAAGGAUACAAAUAUGAAUAUAGAAUUUAAACAAGGCAUACAGCUAUUGGAAUAAAAUCCUAUUGUCUUGAGCGUAACAUUGGUUGUAUAGCUUAGGUAUCAUACAAUUUUGACUAUGAUUUUAGUUAUCAAAAAUAUUAUUAUUAUUAUUAUUAUUUCAAAUUUUAACACUUUCUGUGUUAUGAAGAAAUUACCUGGUUUACAAUUAUGUACUGUUUUACCAAAAUGAUGUAAAUGUAUUUGUAUAGAGGGCAUUUGUCUAUGUAGGGUGUACACUACUGAGGGCGUUUUUUCAGCAGUUGUCUUGCCAUUUGAAAGUUUUUUCUGAAAUGCAACUAAACAGAGGUUGAAAGUUUAAACGAGGUUGAGAAUAUAGGCUAUUGUAAAAAUUGCUUAUUCACAGAUUUUAUCAGAAUUUUAUCAAGAUUUUAGAAUUUUAUGGAAUAUAGAUAAAUAUGAAAUCUGGACUGACUUGAUUAGCUUGAAAAUUAACUUCAAGGAUCAAAGAUUUUAAUUUUGAUUGAAAUGCCUUGAUUGAUAAAUCAAUAUCAUUAAUAGUGAAAUAGAAAAUUACUGUAUGUUAGUAUUUCAUGGCAAUAAUGAACUUAAUUCAGAAAAACAUGUCGUGUAUUUAAAAAAUUGUUAAAAUAUUGACAUGGUGCUUCGAAUUGUCAUGUGAUCUUAUUUAUGUAUAUGUAUAUGCUCACGUGAUUGGCUGUUAGGCAAUGUAUCAUGUGAACGCUUUGUAGUAACAAUAUACUAGAUGUUUUUUGCUUAUUUUUUUCAUGUUUGAAAUUGUUGCUUUCAGAUUAUAGAUUGAGGUAGAACAAAGACAAUAUGCAGUGAAUGUUGAGUAGAAUAAAAGGGUUUUAUACCCAUGCAAAAUAACAUCCACCGAUAUUUCGUGGAGAGUAUUAAUAUUUUAAUGAUACCUCUACUGUUUUCAAAAAGAUGCUUUUUUUGGUCACAGCUCUUGAUAUUAAAGUCUUUAUAAUGUACCAGUGCAUUUAUUGAUAGCAUUCCAUGGGUUAUAUCUAAUUAAAAUAUCCUUUAAUUUAUUAUUUAGUUGUGUUUUUUGUUUUUUUUUUCUGUUAGCUAUGCACAAACUAUAACACAGGGUUGAGGCUUAUAUCUUACAUUAAUGUACAAUCAUUUAUGUUCAUUUUUAGCAGUUUGGUUUGACUAUUUUUUAAUUAGAUACAAGUUCUAUCUGCCAUUACACGUCUGUGUACGAUGAUGAAUCUGCUUAUGCUCUGUAGACUUGUAUGUAGCGACAUUUUAACAUUACUACUUUCAUUUGGAGUACAUGGGACUGUGUAAUGAAUUAGAAACUACUCAAGUAGUGUACUACUAACAAUCCCUGAAAUGGCCAAAUUGUUUAUUUGAUAUACAGUUGACGUUGAUUAAGAUAUGUAUAGAUAUAAGAUAUCCUUGCGCAUUGACUUUCAUUGUAAACAAUUAAAAUAAUCAUGAUAAUUCUGCCAAAAUGUUAAGAUUUUAUCGCUUAUGAAUUUCAACGUUUAGCUUGAAGAUAAUUAUAUAAUUUUUUUGUUUAUUUUUUAAAUAAAGGUAUAUAUAUUUUCUUGCUUGGUAAUACUGUAUUCUAUAUCAAAACUAUUUUAUUGUACAUGUUAAUUGGUAAUUACUAUAAGUAUUACAGCAGCCACUUAGUUCAGGUUCUUGUAUACGUGCAGUGUGCUCUUUGAUUCGAAAUAAAAUCAAGUGUGAGCUUAUUCUA